GUAUUCCUCCUCUCACUCAUACCAUUCAUGACUUUAGAUAUACAUAGAUUCUUUUUAAACUACACAAAAUUGGAGUAUUACGUUUGAUUAGAAGCAGUGAUGUCUGACAACAAAAAAUCGGACGAACAAAUAGAAGAUUCGGAGUUAAAUGAUUUAUUAGAUAGUGCUUUGGAGGAUUUUAAUAAAAGCUCUACAUUAGAUGUAAAAGAUGAUGAUGGUACAGCAUCAAAAACUGUGCCAGUGAAUAAUACAGAGGAAACAUCUGCAGAUAUUGAUAAUCUAUGGACAGAAGAUUUUAUUAAGCAUGCUGCGGAUCAAUUUGAAAAAAAUUUUCAGAAUUUAAUGCAAAAUGGAUCAGAAAGCGAAUUAGGAGUUUCGUUUCAAAAAAUGGCUCAGACAGUUGCUAAUGCUAUAGUUGAUGGAGAAACUACAGAUGGUGAACCUACAAGUGCUGAUUUUCAGUCAGCUAUUGCUCAAGCUUUAAAAGAUUUAUCCGUUACAUCAGAAAAUUUGCAGAAUGAACCAGAUCUUGUCUCAAUGUUUGGGCAAAUGAAUUUAGAAGAAGGUGCAGGGGAUAUAUUACCAUUUAUGCAAGGCAUGAUGCAAUCUCUUUUAUCCAAAGAAAUAUUGUAUCCAUCAUUAAAAGAACUAGUAGAUAAAUAUCCUGAAUGGUUAGAACAAAAAAGAGCUACAUUACCCUCAUCUGAUUUACAAAGAUAUACAAAACAAUUAGAAGUAAUGCAAAAGAUUUGUAAUGAAUUAGAAAAAGAAAAGGAUACUGAUACAGAAGAAGUUAAAAAAGGACGUUUCGAAAUGAUAUUAACAUUUAUGCAAGAUAUGCAAACUUAUGGUCAACCUCCUGAAGAGCUUAUUGGAGAACAUCCAGCUCUUUUACAAUUUGACUCUGAGGGUAAUCCUGUUAUUCCGCCAUUACCUCCUGGAGUAGAACUCCCACAAAAUUGUUGUAUUAUGUAAAUACAAUAGCAUUGUAGAUUUUUCUAUAUAAAUAAUAUAUCCGUUUUAUCGAUUUAAAAACGAUUGCAGUCAGAAUGGGAAAUAUUUAAAUUUACAUUAUGUAAUAUGUCAAUAACAUGUUCAUAUAAUGCUAGAAA